ACAACCAAAGCUCCUGGGGCCAAUCCCUCUAGGGUUCUCACUCUAGCUGGGCCUGGGAAGCCUCAGCUGUGGAAUGCUAUUUCCCGGAUUCAGCACUCGCCAUCUUAGCCCUAGGGAGGAAAGCGCCCAGCUACAACAGCUCCCUUCAACUUGGCACUGAACGGGUCAACCUCUAGUUCUAUCCACAGAAUCAACUCUGACAGCUGCUGUCGCUCCGCCUGUAACGUCACUGCCGGUUCAGUGUUUUCAUUGGUGAUUGUGAUCCGGGGUCUUUCAGGACCCACCAAUCCAGAAGCCGGGAAGAGAAGCUUCCCCGCAUGCCGCCAGAAUAGAGUGGACGCAGAGUCCGAAAGACCUAAAAGGGGUCGGGGGCGGGGUUAGCAGACCUCAAGUAUUAGGUGUCUCCAGAGGCGUGGGAAGUAGAGCUCCUCAAAACUCCGGCAUCCAGCCUGCCGACUCACCCCUGCGAGGGCAGAUAGUGUGGGCGUGGCCCUUAUCUCGCCCUGCGGAGCGCCGGCGGGGAGAGGUUUCCGUACCUCUGCCUCCUUCUACCUCAUUUUCUCUUGUCCCUAUCUAGUAGAUGAACUCUGGCCCCUGGGCGAAGACCUCGCUUGUCCACCGACCCAUCCGCGAGCUCUGCCUUAGUUUCUUCUAAAUCAGUGGGUGGCCGAGGGUGGAACGUGGAAUCAGCGGGGCUUCAGGAGCCCAGGUGCCUCCCAGUCUGUCUGUCAGUGUCGCCCCUUGUCUCCAAGCUUCCCAAUGAGCCGGACUGUGGUCGUGCUGGGCGGAGGCAUCAGCGGCUUGGCCGCCAGUUACCAUUUGAGCCAAGCCCCACGUCCACCUAAGGUAGUCUUGGUGGAGGGUAGCAAGCGUUUGGGAGGCUGGAUCCGUUCAAUCAGAGGGCCCGGUGGUGCGAUUUUUGAACUUGGACCUCGGGGAAUUCGGCCAGCCGGAGUUUUGGGAGCCCGCACUCUGCUCCUGAUUUCUGAGCUUGGCUUGGACUCAGAAGUGUUGCCUGUCCGGGGAGACCACCCAGCUGCCCAGAACAGGUUCCUGUAUGUAGAUGGUGCCCUGCACCCCCUGCCUUCUGGCCUCAGGGGGCUACUCCGUCCUUCACCCCCCUUCUCCAAACCUCUGCUUUGGGCUGGGCUGAGGGAAUUGACCAAGCCCCGGGGCAAAGAACCUGAUGAGACUGUGCACAGUUUUGCCCACCGCCGUCUUGGACCUGAGGUGGCAUCUCUAGUCAUGGACAGUCUCUGCCGUGGAGUGUUUGCAGGCAAUAGCCGUGAGCUCAGCAUCAGGUCCUGUUUUCCAAGUCUCUUCCAAGCUGAGCAGACCCAUCGUUCAGUAAUACUGGGGCUCCUGCUGGGAGCAGGGAAGAGCCCACAGCCAGACUCAGCACUUAUUCGCCAGGCCCGGGCUGAGCGCUGGAGCCAAUGGUCACUCCGUGGAGGGAUGGAGACGUUGCCCCAGACCCUUGACACCUACCUGACUAGUAGGGGAGUCAGUAUUCUCAGAGGUCAGCCAGUAUGUGGGCUCUCUCUCCAAGCAGAAGGGCACUGGAAGGUGUCUCUGGGGGAUAGCAGUCUGGAAGCCGACCACAUUAUUAGUGCCAUUCCAGCUUCAGCACUCAGCAAGCUGCUCCCUACAGAGGCAGCUCCUCUGGCUCAAGUCCUUAAUAACAUCACUGCUGUGUCUGUGGCUGUGGUGAACCUACAGUACCGAGGAGCUUGCCUGCCUGUCCAGGGAUUUGGACAUUUAGUACCAUCCUCAGAAGACCCAGGUGUCCUGGGAAUCGUGUAUGACUCAGUUGCUUUCCCUGAGCAGGAUGGGAGCUCCCCUGGCCUCAGAGUAACUGUAAUGUUAGGAGGUUCCUGGUUACAGACGCUGGAGGCUAGUGGCUGUGUUUUAUCUCAGGAGCUAUUCCAGCAGCAGGCACAGGAAGCAGUUGCCACACAAUUAGGACUGAAGGAGCCACCAAGUCACUGUUUGGUCCAUCUACACAAGAACUGCAUUCCUCAGUAUACACUAGGCCACUGGCAAAAACUGGAGUCAGCUAUGAAAUUCCUGGCUGCUCAAAGGUUGCCCUUGACUCUGGCUGGAGCCUCCUACGAGGGGGUUGCAGUCAAUGACUGUAUAGAGAGUGGGCGCCAGGCAGCAAUCAGUGUCUUGGGCCCAGAAUCUAACAGCUGAUCCUCAGCUCCCACUCAUGAAAUAAAAGUUACUGGAUCUUA